CCCGUUUCCAGGGCGCCGGCUCAGCGUCCCGCGACCCCCGCCCCCCCACGCUCCAACCAGGUAGCUGGUGUCGGGACGCUGGAAAGCGACUCGGUGGAGCGGGUGCUCGCCGACGGCGGCCGCCGCCACAGCGCGUCGCGCGGAGUAGCAACCGAAGACGGCGGCCGCCGCACCAGCCAGCGCGUGUGGAGGAUAAACGGCCAGCACGGCCGUCGCGGUGAUCCGUCCAGGGAAAGAGUGAGCGAGGGCCAAGGCUCUCGUCUUAGCGAAGACAGAGAAAGAAUCCGCGAGGAGAGCGACCGCCGCUGCCGGGUACCGACGGGAAAAGGAAGUGAAGACGUCGGCUUCUCCCGCGAUGACUCGAGAAGGGUCAGCGAAGACCUGGACCACGGCCGCAGCGUCUCUGAGGGGAGAGUCAGGGGAGACGGCGGCCACCUUCCCGGCAACUCUUGGGAGAGACUGAGGGGAGGCCUCAGCAGCGACGCGAGCUUCAGUGAAGUCGGAAGUCACCCAACUAGUGACUCCUCGGGAUCCGUCAGAGACUACCGCGGCCUCCGCCUCUGCGGGACUUGGGAGGAAGUCCGGGAGGUCCGGGGCCCCCGAGCCAGCGACGACCGCCACAGCCGCCUCAGUGGCUCUUGGGAGGGCGCGAGUGUGGAUGGCGGCCGCAGCCUCAGCAGUUCCUGGGAGGGGGUGAGUGAAGACCGCGGCUACUUGGCCAGCGACUCCUCCGCGGUGAGCGUCAGCGAAGACGCCAGCCGCCGCCGCUUCUGGGAGAGGGAAAGUGAGGACGAAGGUUCCCGCUGCCGGGCCUCCUGGGGGAGGACGACGGAGGACGGCGGCCCCGGGCCUAGCGACGACGAGGGAGACAGCCGCUGCUGCAGUGGCUCGUGGGUGACAGCGAGCGAAGACCGCCGCAGCAGCGGGGGCCUGGACUCGACGCCCCCUCGGAGUCCGAGUCGCCGCACCAUGCCCGGGGUGUCCGAUUCGGGACCGUCCACUUCCUCCACGGAGACUGCGACCCCGUUGAUAACCUGGUGGAGUUUUGAAGUAGGUGCCAGGAAGAAAGUGCAUUUUGGUAGCAUACAUGAUGCAGUACGUGCUGGAGACGUAAAGCAGCUUUCAGAAAUCGUGCAGCGUGGUGCCAGCAUUAACGAAGUUGAUAUUCUCCAUAAAUUUACCCCUUUACACUGGGCAGCACAUUCUGGCAGUUUGGAGUGUCUUCAUUGGCUCCUCUGGCAUGGAGCUGAUAUCUCCCAAGUAACCGCAAGAGGCUGGACGGCAGCUCACAUAUCUGCUAUCAGGGGACAGGAUGCUUGCAUGCAGGCUCUUAUAAUCAAUGGAGCCAACCUGGCAGCUCAGGAUGAUCGUGGAUGCACUCCUUUACACCUUGCUGCAACACAUGGACAUUCUUUCACUUUACAAAUAAUGCUCCGAAGUGGAGUGGAUCCCAGCGUGACUGAUAAGAGAGAGUGGAAACCUGUGCACUAUGCAGCUUUUCAUGGGCGUCUUGGCUGUUUGCAGCUUCUCGUGAAAUGGGGAUGUAGUGUAGAGGACGUGGACUACAAUGGAAACCUUCCAGUUCACUUAGCAGCCAUGGAAGGCCACCUUCACUGUUUUAAAUUCCUACUCAGUAGAAUGAGCAGUGCCUCCCAAGGUUUGAAAGCCUUCAAUGAUAAUGGAGAAAAUGUAUUGGACCUGGCCCAGAGGUUCUUCAAGCAGAACAUUUUACAGUUUAUUCGAGGGUCUGAGUAUGAAGGAAAUGAUCCAACAGAUCAAGAAACUUUAGCAUUUCCAGGUCAUGUGGCUGCCUUUAAGGGUGAUUUGGAAAUGAUUAAGAAAUUAAUAGAAGAUGGAGUAAUUAAUAUUAAUGAACGUGAUAAUAAUGGAUCAACUCUUAUGCAUAAAGCUGCUGGGCAAGGCCAUAUAGAGUGUUUGCAAUGGCUGAUUAAAAUGGGAGCAGACAAUAACAUUACCAACAAAGCGAGGGAGAAACCCAGUGACGUGGCUAAGAGACAUUGUGCAGUUUUAGGUUUUACACUGAUGUCUGUGAUCCAUGUUGAGUUAAUUUUUGUAUAUGGUAUGAGGUUUGCCCAUUUAGGAGCAGUAAAGCUACUAGAAGGACUACAGAAAUAUGAUAUAGAUGAAGAGAAUGAAAUUAAUGAAAAUGAUAUUAGGUUUUUUAUAAGACAUGGUGUUGAGGGAAGCACUGAUGCCAAAGAUGAUUUAGGUCUCAGUGAGUCGGAUAAAACAGAUGCCAGAGUGAGAGCUUAUAAGAAAAUCGUAGAAUUGAGACACCUCCUUGAAAUUGCUGAGAGCAACUAUAAACAUUUGGGAGGAAUAACAGAAGAAGAUAUAAAGCAGAAGAAAGAACAGCUCGAGUCUGCAAAGACUAUCAAAGAGCUGCAGGGCCAGCUGGAGUAUGAACGAUUACGCAGAGAGAAGUUAGAAUGUCAGCUGGAUGAGUAUCGAGUGGAGGUGGAUCAACUCAAGGAGAUGCUGGAAAAAACUCAGGUCCCCAACUUUGUGGCUGUGGAAGAUGACAUUUCCUGUGAGUUAAGCAAAGAGAAGAGGCGAGUGAAGAAGAAGGUGUCUUCUGGGGGAGUUUUUGUGAAAAGGUACUAAUCAGUGAGAUAGCUUUAAAUAAACUUGCUUGACUUUUUCUAUUUUUAAAUAGAUAUAAAUGUAAAUCUAUAUAAAUUCAUCUCAGAAUUACUCUGAUGUGCAGUUAUUCCAAUUCUGAAGGCAGAAAUAUGUUACAUAGUGUCAAAGGGAUUAAAAUUACAUGGACUCAGUUGUAUUUCCCCUCCCAAUAUACUUUUUAUAUAUUUAUGUAGGCAAGUCAAAACUCUGUAUUUGUGAAUUAAUUUUGCAAGUAUUUACAUAAACUUUAUAAUAGAUAUUAAAGAUUAUUAAAAGUUC